UCGUGCAUGGCUGGGGGGCCCUUCUGCAGCAGAAAGACCCCCUUGAUGGCUUCUGCACCAUCUUCUCCAUGCGGUGAAGCAAAAAGAGCCACUAUGCAGCCUGCUCAGAACGACGUGUCCUUUGAAGAGGUGGCUGUGCGUUUCACCCAAGGGGAGUGGAGCCUGCUGAGCCCAGCCCAGAGAGCUCUCUACAAAGAAGUCAUGCUAGAGAAUUUUGGGAACGUGGCCUCCCUGGUGAAAGGACCUCCAAUGGCCAAACCUGACCUCAUAUCCUGGCUGGAAGAGGAAAAUGAGAGGUUUCCCUUGGACUGUGACAAAGAGGAGGGAAUGGCAGGAGGUAUGUGGGAAUCAGUGAAAGAAAAGAAAGAACAUCCAGUGACGGAGUCAAGACAUACAUAUUCAGAUAUAAAUGAGAACUUUGAAUAUUGUGAUGCCCUGAGGAAGCAGGAGAAGAAACAUCUGUGUAAAUGGAGGAAGAUUUCUGUUUUUCCCAAUGACGAUGAUUCUCAUGAAAUUCCAUUUAUUCCAAAAAUAUACAAAGAAGAGAAUAGGAAUAUGCACCCUGCAAACAACAACAAAAAUCUUGAAAAACCAGACAUUCAUAUACAUUGGAACACCCAUAACGUAAAGAGAAUGCAUAAAAGCCUGAAGUGUGGUAUCAUCUUUGGGCAGAAUCAUACCCUAAUUUCCCACAAAAGAAUUCUCACAAAGAAGAAACUAUAUAGAUGCCUGGAGUGUGGGAAAAAUUUCAAUAAGAGUGGAAAUCUUAUUGUCCACCAAAGAAUUCACACAGGAGAGAAACCAUUUAAAUGCAUGGAGUGUGGGAAAAGCUUCAGGCAGAGUGGAAUCCUUAUUGUCCACCAAAGAAUUCACACAGGUGAGAAACCAUAUAAAUGCGUAGAGUGUGGGAAAAGUUUCAGUCAGAGUGAAAAACUUAGUGUCCAUCAAAGAAUACACAGAGGUGAAAAGCCAUAUCAGUGCUUGGAGUGUGGGAAAAGCUUCAGUCAGAGUGGAAACCUUACUUGCCAUGAAAGAAUGCACACAGGGGAGAAACCAUAUAAAUGUCUCGAGUGUGGAAAGAGGUUCAUUAACAGUGGACACCUUACUUCCCAUCUACGAAUUCACACAGGAGAGAAACCAUAUAAAUGCCUGGAGUGUGGAAGAAGCUUUAGCAAGAGUGGACACCUUACUUCCCAUCAAAAAAUUCACUCAGGGGAGAAACCAUAUAAAUGCCCGGAGUGUGGAAAAGACUUUAGUGAGAGUGCACGCCUUACACGCCAUCAAAGAAUGCACACAGGGGAGAAACCAUAUAAAUGCCAGGAGUGUGGGAAAAGUUUCAGUGAGAGUGGAAACCUUUCUUCACAUAAAAGAAUUCACUCAGGCGAGAAACCAUAUAAAUGCCUGGAGUGUGGAAAAAACUUCAGUGAGAGUGCACACCUUAUGCGCCAUCAAAGAGUACACACAGGGGAGAAACCAUACACAUGUCGGGAGUGUGGAAAAUGUUUCAGUGAGAGUGGAAGCCUUUCUUCCCAUCAGAGAAUUCACACUGGGGAGAAACCAUAUAAAUGCUUGAUGUGUGGGAAAAGCUUCACUCAGAGUGGACACCUUACACGCCAUCAAAAAAUGCAUACAGGGGAGAAGAAAUAUAAAGUUCACAUGGGGGAGAAACCAUAUAAAUGCCUGGAGUGUGGAAAAACUUUUAGUCAGAAUUCACACCUUACUUGCCAUGAAAGAAUACACACAGGGGAGAAACCAUAUAAAUGUCUCGAAUGUGGAAAGAGGUUCAUUCACGGUGGACACCUUACUUCCCAUCAACGAAUUCACACAGGAGAGAAACCAUACAAAUGCCUAGAGUGUGGAAGAAGCUUUAGUAAGAGUGGAAACCUUAUUUCCCAUCAAAGAAUUCACUCAGGGGAGAAACCAUAUAAAUGCCUGGAGUGUGGAAAAAGCUUCAGUGAGAGUGGACACCUUACACGCCAUCAAAGAAUUCACACAGGAGAGAAAGCAUAUAAAUGCCUUGAGUGUGGAAAAAGCUUCAGUGAGAGUGGAAACCUUACCUCCCAUAAAAGGAUUCACUCAGGGGAGAAACCAUAUCAAUGUAUGGAGUGUGGAAAAAGCUUCACUCAGAGUGGACACCUUAUUUCCCAUCAACGAAUUCACACAGGAGAGAAACCAUAUAAGUGCCUGGAGUGUGGAAGAUGCUUUAGUAAGAGUGGAAACCUUACUUCCCAUCAAAGAAUUCACAGUGAGGAGAAACCAUAGAAGUGGUUGGAUUGUGGAAUUAUGUUGCAUAAAUUUGCUUAAAAACUUAGAAAGUGAAUAAAACCAUGUAAUUUAUUUCAUAAUUCUUAAUUCAUGAGAUGUUGCAGAUAUUAAAAGCCAAGUACUGAGAAUCCACCAGCUGCAGCAUACCUACUCUGGUGUGGCUGUACUAUAUAUAGAAAGAUAGAGCUGGAAGGCUCCCCAAGGGUCACUUAUUCCAACCCCCUGUAUUAUGCAGGAAAUUCACAGCUACCUGCCCCCACUCUCCCAGUGACGCCUGCUCUAUACCCAGAGGAAGGCGAAAAACCUCCAGGAUCCCUAGCCAAUCUAGCCUGGAGGUAAAUUCCAGAAUGACAAUUGCCAUUACCCUGGGCAUAUAAGAAAGGGCCAAGAAAGCCUAGCAUGGCUUCAUCCCUUCCUGUCCUCUCAUGCUCUGCCUAAAUUCAUACUGAGUAGCGGAAUAAUUCUUGCUGUCGUGUGGCCGUCUUGCCUCUUCUUAAAAACCUCCUAGGAAGGACAGCCCAUCAUCUCUUGAGGAGGCAUGUUCCACUGAGGAACCUCUCCAGCUGUCAGGAAGUUCUUCCUAAUGUUUGUGUGUCACAACUGAAUUAUGGUGACUCCUGGCUAUUUGCUUAUUGGUUUGUAUAUUUUAUUUAUAUUCCAUUUUCUCACCGAGAUACCAGGCAGAUUACACAGUGAUAGGAAGUACAGUCAAUUUAAAGGAAAUUUCA